AGCGAUAGCACGAAUCAGCCAGCGGAUCGCGCUGGCUUAGCGACUCUCCAUCUCCCUUUACAUUUUCCCAUUCUCUUCCGUUCUCUCUCGUGAUCGUUUCGUGUAAUAUGUGAAAUCGCGUCCGUGUGCGCAGAAUGCUGAUCGUUCCGAUUACAAGUUCUAGACGCAUAAAACAUAAUGAAUAACUUCGUUCAAACGAUUCGGAUCGGUCGAAAACAGGAAAUAAAGACAUCCGUGCGUGGUGUGAAGAAAGUACUUGAAUUGUGUAAGUGAGCUUUGGUGGGUACCAGUGAGCGGUGCGUUGGUGCCGGAACCGUGGUUCCGUGUCCGGUUUACAGAAGCAACGCUUGGGAAAUCGAUUCCCGAGCCGAAGGCAAUGUCAUGGAUGUACAGGAGCAAAAUCAGCUGGAAAUCCAAUCGGUAAACCCGAUCCCGAACAGGCGUCCGAUAAACGAUCUUCACUUCACCGCGAUCAACACCAACUACCGGCAGCAGAACAAACUGAGCGGCAACAGCAAUGCCAGCACAUCGUCCGCUUCCGGAGGCGAGGAAACGAGAGCACUUCUGCCUAUGACGGGACCGAGUGGCCGUAAAUUUGUGAUCAUACCUUGUCAGACCAACGUAGCGAUCGGUGAUACCGGUGGAACACCGUCUGGAAAUGGUGGUGUUGCGGCAAUUGGAGCAAAUCCUGGUACGAGUGGAACCUCCGCUGGAAAGGUAGAACCAGGUGAAGGUUCCACAUCUAGCGGGGUCCCAAGUCCCAUUACGGUACCAACGGCACCAGUGGGAUCUUACAUUAAGCCGAAAUAUUUCAACAGUCUGCGAUCGGUACGAUCAGCAAAUGAUCCGCACGCGUUGACGAUCGCACAGCAGCACCAGGCGACGAUCGCUCGAAGCGGUUCGUACAUCUUCAGUGACGUUGGUGGAUCACCUCGGCUGUUCUCCGAUGCCACCUCCAUUCGGUCGCUGGCAUCCAUCGGUAUGGGUUCGACCGACGGUCGAAGGAUGGUCAUCCGGCGGGUACCGAACUCCCCGAACGAGCUGCUGACCAUGAUCAACCCUCCGACACCACCGGCAGAAGAGACGUACGACAAUGAGAGUUACGGGGGCCUGUCGGAUGACUCCGAUCUCGAUAAUCUCAAACCGCGCAAGCAACACUGGGCCAACAAGAUGCAGUUCGUGCUCGCUUGCAUCGGCUACUCGGUGGGGCUCGGCAACGUGUGGCGAUUUCCGUAUCUGUGUUACAAAAGUGGUGGAGGAGUGUUUUUGGUGCCUUACUUCAUCAUUCUGCUGAUCUGUGGAAUUCCAAUGCUGUUCAUGGAACUGGCCGUCGGUCAGUACACGGGCCGGGGUCCGAUCGGUGCCCUUGGGCAGCUGUGUCCAUUGUUUAAAGGUACCGGUUUGGCGAGUGUGGUCGUUUCAUUCCUGAUGUCAACUUACUAUUCUGUUAUCAUUGCGUAUGCAAUCUACUACUUCUUCACCUCCUUUCGGCCGGACCUACCGUGGACGGACUGUUCGCACCGUUGGAACACCCCGGACUGCUGGGUGCCGGAGGGUAUGAAGCACAACUUGACGCGACCAGAAAUGUCCCGCACUCCGACAGAGGAAUUCUUUGAAAACAAGGUAUUGCAGAUAAGUCACGGUAUCGAGUAUCCGGGGGCAAUGCGCUGGGAGUUGGUUGCGUGUCUAGUGUGCGCCUGGAUUCUGGUGUACUUUGCCAUCUGGAAGUCGAUCAAAUCGUCCGCCAAAGUACGCUACCUGACCGCUACGCUCCCGUUCGUACUGAUCGUAGUAUUUCUGGGUCGGUCGCUGACGCUGGAGGGAGCCGACAAGGGCCUGCACUACUUCUUCCGGCCCAACUGGCAAGAGUUGGGUAGAGCGAAUGUGUGGAUCAAUGCCGCAGCCCAGAAUUUCAACUCGAUCGGUAUCGCGUUCGGGUCGAUGAUUUCGUUCGCUAGCUACAAUAAGUACAACAAUAACAUCCUUCACGACACGCUGGCAGUGUCGUUCGUCAAUGCAAUCACUAGCCUGCUGGUCGGCAUCUUUGCGUUCGCCACCAUCGGUAACAUAGCGCUCGAGCAGAGCACGACGGUCGAGGAUGUGCUCAGCGGUGGACCGGGCUUAAUAUUCGUGGUGUACCCUCAGGCACUGGCAAAAAUGCCUGCCGCUCAGCUUUGGGCCGUACUGUUUUUCUUCAUGCUACUCUGCUUGGGUCUGAACAGUCAGUUCGCGAUCGUUGAGGUGGUCGUUACUUCUAUCCAAGAUGGGUUCCCCCGUUGGAUCAAACGGAAGUUAGUCUACCACGAGUUGUUGGUGUUGAUCGUUUGCGUCGUGUCGUUCUUCGCCGGCUUGCCCAAUCUGAUCCAGGGAGGGAUCUACUUCUUUCAGCUGAUCGAUCAUUAUGCGGCAUCUGUUUCGAUCAUGUUUCUGGCGUUCUUCGAGACGAUCGCAAUCGCCUGGUUUUACGGCAUCAAUCGGUUAUCGAAGAAUGUGAAGCAAAUGACGGGACGGUACCCAUCGCUCUAUUUACGGUUCUGCUUGCUGGUGGCCGUACCGUUAUUGUUGAUCUCAUUGUGGAUAUUCAGUUUGAUCAAUUACGAAGCUCCAACGUAUCAUAAUGGUAAAUACAGCUAUCCCGGCUGGGCCCACGGUCUCGGAUGGGCUAUUACGUCAGCUUCCCUGGUCUGCAUUCCAUCGUACGGCGUAUAUCAGAUCGUUCGGGCAGAAGGAAAUACAUUCGGCGAGAAACUUCUGAACACGUUAAAGCCCAACAUAUACGAGUGCAAAAUAUGUGGCGAGCAUCAUUGCGAUCAUGACUUCCCCGAGGACGAGAUGGGACCAGAGAUGGCCAUCAUCGAGUCAACAUCGGGUGUCCCGCUGAUCCUGCAACAACCUCCCAUCGGUCACAUGCACCACCUCCCGGUACAAACGCAGGAAGAGGCGACAGCGCGCGAUGCAGCAAAUAGUGGUCCGGCGAAUAGUUCAACUGCACAAAACUCCGGAAACAAUGGAGAAGCCCGGUGAAUUACGCAAACAUCGUUUAAACAUAUGUUACGUGUGGCCGAGGUGGUGCAAUAAUAAUUCAAGCAAGCGAGCUGGCGAUAGCGGGCAUUACGAGCAAUACUUUUGCAACGAACCCUACAAGUGAACAGCGUAAAAGACAACUCAAUAAUUUUAAACAAAGACUCACACCUUUUAGUUACCAUUCGAACGUGAUAGGCGGAACGGAGCGAAGGUGGCGUCGCUCGGUUCGCCGCGUUGAACGUUAGACCGUUACGGAGAGCACGGGCGGAUUUGUGUUCAAUUUCUUGGCAGCGAUCGUCCAAGAGCAAUAAAUUUUAUCGGACCAUGUUUGCUUAGA